ACUUGAGGCCGGUUCUUGUGACUAAACAAACACAACACGUCACGUAGCGAAACUUUUCAGGAUAUGUUCAUCGACACGGUGGUUUAUUAAGAUUAAACCUCCCGAGGGCUUUAGUUUCAGCUCUUCCGGGUAGCCUAGCUGUUAGCUCAGACCUAUCGAUCAGUGAUCGAUCAUGGAGGACCAGUACGUGAAGCCCGGUAACCAGGAGCGGGGCUGGAACGACCCGCCCCAGUUCUCGUACGGCCUUCAGAAGGCCCAGGGACCACAGAGGAACCUCCUGAACAAGAGAGUAGCUCCGCCCACAGCCUCAUGUAUGAAACCUACGUCACGAACACCUGACGGUCAGCUAAAACAACCCAAAUACAUUAACCAUCCCGCUUCUGAUUGCUCCUCAGGUGCAGGAGCCCCAGCCACACCCCCUCCCUCCUCCAGCCCGCUGGUACCGCCUCCAUGUGGUAUAACGCCGCCUCCAUCCCUGCCAGCUCAACGUCCAGCUGACGGAGUGGCCACGCCUCCUCCUCGUUUUGGAUCAAUGAGGACUCAGGACGAGGCUGACAGCAACCAAUCAGAGCCUGACGUAGAGGCUGUGAUGUCAGUGCUGAACCGAGCGCUUGACGCCUGCAGAAACUCAGUUAAAGAUCAGGUGUGCAAAGAUGUGGCCAAGCGGCUCCGCCUCCUGGAAGACAGCUGGAGGUCAGGUAGACUCAGCUUACCUGUCAGGAGACGCAUGGAGACCCUGUCUCUAGAGGUUCAUUCAGCUCACUGGGAUUCAGCUGAUGAGAUCCAUCGCUCCCUGAUGGUUGAUCAUGUGACCGAGGUCAGCCAGUGGAUGGUCGGCGUUAAACGACUCAUUGCUGAGACUCGAAAUCUGAGUCCAGAACAUUUAGGAAGCCUCAAGAUUGCAACAGGACCAGUCCAGGACCCUGUAGGAGCAGUCGACGACACUACAAAACCAGUCCAGGACCCAGAUUCCCAGUCCUGACUUUACACCAGGUUUUCUCUUCUCUUUCAAUUUCUCUCCUUGUGCUGAUUAAUCUCAUGUUAAAGUACUUCUUAAACUGGGUCUGGGUCGGGUUGGGGUUGUCAGCAGUUUCUCCAGAGACACUGAUACCCUUCAGUUCUGUUUUCUUAACUGCGUUUGGACUCUGAAGUUUGGACAGUAACUUAGGAGUGUGGACUUAAUGGUUUUGGUUUUAUUCAGACUGGAUGUGAACUUGCAACUGGACUUGGACCAACAGGACGGAUUCUGACGUCUGGAAGAACCCUCUGAUUAAACCCCAAAAACUCUUGACUUGGGAAUCUGGACACUCAUGACUGCAGAAUGUGGAGCCUUGUGUUUUGGAAUCUGGACUUGAAAUUGUACCGUGACCUCUGGAAACGGGGGUCUUUAAGACCUCUGGACUGCAGACUCAUGAUCGUAAUUUGGUUCAGAGUUAAAAACCAGAAUACUGCGGUCCGGUUCUGCUGUGCUUCUUCUCCGUCCUCAAAACCCAUCAUUUCAGAGACGGAGCCCUUCGGAGCGCUCCUUGUUAGCCUGGAGGUGCGAGAUUACAUUGUAACAGGAAGGUUUUCGAGGUUUGGUGACAGUCGAGCUCGAAUCAUCCCGUUUGAAGUUGUAUAUCUCUCCACGACUUUGUCUUUGUAGAAAUAUAAAUAUAAAAGGAUGAGUGGUGUCAAAAUAAAAUGAGGGUUUCUACUACUAAUUUAAACUUUUUCUGGUU